CGAAAGCGUCACAGUGUAAGAUGUACGAUAGUUCCCUUCCUGCUAUUGUUGUAGGCCUUCUAGUCGGAUUCGCAGUGAUUUAUUUUGUCUUUUGGCGGUGCAUGCGGAAAACGGAAAGCCCGUCGAGUAAGCGCGGGUCGCGCCUAUCUCCUUGGCCUGCCAACUCAACGCUGAGUUUUCGCUUGAAGAAACUUCUGGGAGAGUCUGCGGUCAAUGGGACAUUUGGCAGUAUGGCGAUGGCAGAUUUACAGAGAAAACCAGAGCUCUCUGCGGACUCGUUGGAUGGCAAGGGAAGGGAGUAUGUCAGUGCGCCGAAUAUGAAAAAUAGUUGCCUGACCUAUCCAGACACAAAGUAUGUAAAAGAUCUGAGUAAUCCCAUUUACCGAGCUAUCUCCAGAAAGAAUGGUGAAAUCAACCGCAUGAGCAAAGAGGAAAUGAUAGACACUCUGGCCAAGCUCAAUCUCAAUACAAGAGGUAUCGGUGAAAUUCUUCGAGCCAGACUGAAGACUUACUACAAGAAUCUGCUCAUGAGUGAGGCAGGGCUAGAAACACCGUCUACCCAGCGGAACUUUGACUACCUGUGUGUCAUUGACUUUGAGGCUACUUGUGAGGAGCCCACACCUAUCGAUUACAUCCAAGAGAUCAUUGAGUAUCCAAUUGUGUUGGUCAAUACCAAGACCAUGAAAAUUGAGGAUAGUUUUAAUUCUUUCAUCAAGCCUUUAUUGCACCCCACGUUAUCCAAAUUCUGUAAGGAGUUAACAAGCAUCACACAGGUCGAGGUGGACCAAGCAGAUACGUUCCCACUGGUGCUGAACGGUGUCCAUCGAUGGAUGAAGAGCAAAGCCUUGGGGACCGAGCACAGUUUCAUAAUUGUUACUGAUGGACCUUGGGACAUGAACAUGUAUUUGAAUGUACAGUGUAAGUUGAGCCAGGUUCCCUACCCAGCCUAUGCACGUCAGUGGAUUAACCUUUGUAAGACCUUCAGUAACUUUUACAAGACUAAACGGAUGUGUUUAAGGAACAUGUUAGGAGCCCUAGAGAUGGGAUUCGAUGGCCGGCCCCACCGGGGAAUAGAUGAUGCCAUUAACAUCGCCAACAUCGCUAUUCAGCUCAUGCAGGAUGGCUGUGAGCUGGAGGUCAACGAUCGACUGACUCAGUAACUGUAAUGUUUCUUUCCAAGAAUUUCCAGGUAGUCUUUGAAGUAUGACUUAAGAAGUAGGCAACAGACUAAAGAAGUUUAACUAAUUUUAGUCUCUCAAAGUUUCUAUGACCUCUUUUGUAUUAGUAGUGCAUUACAAUAGUCACCAGUGACCGAGCCUGUUUGGAAUUUUUUUCAAUUUGCAAACUGCUGAAAUGGUCGGUGCAAACUCUAAAGCUUUGUUGUCAGAAUCAAAAUAUUUGUAGGGUACUGACCUAACUAGCCAACACACACUCAUACCUAUAAAAUGAUUGAAAAAAUAUCUAAUUCCAUAUAUGAGAAAUAACAUUGCUGUCAAAACUUUUCAAUGACUGUGGUUGCUACAUGUAUGUGCACUGUCAAUUCAGCUUUCCUGUUCUCUGAUUGGUCCAGCCAUCAAGUAUGUGUACAUUUGAAAGUUCAUCAUUAGGACAACAACAUGCUGGACUUUCUGUCUGUAUGAUGUUGAGGCUGUGUUCAGUUCAAAAUGGUGACGAAAGGCCUGUUGCUUUAAUUCGGUCUUAAACUGGAAUGGAACUCCGAUAACCAAACAUGUCAUUUGUAGAGCACAAUAGAAGAGUUGUUUAUUUUCUUGCAACUCUGUAAAGUUUACCGCAAGAUUGAUUUAGUUUGUUAAAAAUUUGAUCUUUUCGUAAUGGUUUUGUUUAAAUCAGAGAAUAGUACCGUGCAUUGAUUUUUGCUUGAUGUUCAUGUUGUGUGCUUGUGCUGUGUUUUACUGAUCAUUAAAUAUAAACAAAAGUUUGGCGUCCAGUUGUUUGUUGCAUUGCCUAAGAAUUUGAAAGAAUGAUCUAGUUCUGAGGAUUAUUUAACUGCUCUUUUGUAUGAUCAGUCUAAUUUGUUCAAAAAGUCUACGUUACUCUAUGAAAUAAUUCUACGAGUGUAAGUUCUAUGAAAGAAUGUUACAAACCCACAGUGUAGGGUGAGAAGAUUUGAAGCAGUUUCUUUAGUUUGGUGUGUACAUGUAAUCUGCAGUACUCAGUCCCAGGAUGUUUGUACAUUUAAAUGGUAUAAUUAAAGUGUGAAUGGCCUUUUCUAAACUAAAGUCCAACUUACUAUCACAUUGUGACAUCAUGCUUGUGUGUACAUGUACAUGUCGGUUUUAACAUCUGAUGUGGAAAUUUUAUUCGGAUUGGAUUCUUAAUACAAGAAGAUACAGGAUUUGUUUCAGUGUUGCCGUACAGGUGAAUUCCCCCAUCUACAAACAAAAAUUUUCUUUUAAAUUCUACAUGUAAUUAGCGGUGAAAGAAUUUUUUCCCACCAGUUUUCCAAAUUUUGGUCGUUACUAAAAGUUUGGGUUAAAAAAAGUGUCAGUGUCCUAUGAAAUCUAGCCCUCAAUUAAAAUCUGGUCUCUGUUUCCUUCAGUGUGCUUCCCCGUCCCUUGCAUUACUCACUGUCACGUGCAUUGCAGUCGUAGAGUCCGGAUUUCACAGAGUUCAGAUUUCAUGCAAUAUCAGUAGGCCUGGAUAUGCGCAUGGAUAUCCAAGCCUGCAAUCUUGCUAGACAAUACACAUCCUCUUGUCCUGUAACAUAAUAUUUACAUAACAAACAAACAUCAGGGCGUAUUUAUGACACAUGUAGGUUGUGCACAUCUACGUACUUGUGACGAUUUCAGUGCCAAGAUAUAUGUUACUUUUUCUAAGAGUUAGUUUUGACAAAAGAAUAAUAUAUUCACAAGAAUUACUAAGAGUGUUGGUUAAAUAUCAUGUGAGACACUGGUUGUAGAUUUUCACCUAUGCAUGAAAUGGAAAAAAAUGGCCAAUUGCAGGGCUUAGAAUGACAAAAAAUUCAGAAGCCUAAACUACUACUCCUCCGAGGGCUCAUUCAUAAAGAGACUCGGUGGAUUAUUUUCUUUCCAAUGCUGAAAGCUGUCCAAAGAGCAAGAACAGCAAGCACAGAUUUCAAAAUUGAGGAAUAUCAUUCAAUUUGUAGGUACAUAUUUUUUAGGGUUAAUUCAACAGGUUGGGGUUCGGAGCUCAGCAAGUGUCUCAUAUCCACUUUGAUUGUCCUCAAGAAGAGGUUUUUUACCCAAUAUGGCAGUAAUCUCUAGCUCCAUCUUGGCUAUGCCUGUUCAACAACCUAAAACUUUGAGGAAUGCAAUACUUACAUGUGAGGAUCAGUGUUUACUUGAUACAUGUAUGUGGAAAUUCUUAUCAAUAGUGUCCAUUACACUAAGUAAUGUAUUUGUGUUACAAGACUUCACAAUUUCCUGAUUUUAUAUGGUAAGGAAACCUAAUAUUUGGAAUAUUGUACUUUAAUGUACAUUGUUUGAAAGUAGUGCAAUUUUUUCCCAUUUUCUGAAUUACAAGUUUGGGGUACAAGAUUAAUGGUUGAAGAAGUUUAUUGAUAAUAGUAAAGUUAAAUUUAGUUUUUAAGAGCA